AGAAGGGGCACCGCCGAGCUACCGAGAGGAAGCUCGCUCUGCCCGGCUGCCCUCUUGUAGUCCGCCGGCGAGGGGCAGUUCCCGGUGAGGAGGAAGGGAGCAGCGGACGGCACAGCACCCGCGCGGGCCCUCCUUUUCAGGUGGCGAAACUGACUGGUCUGGUUAGAGCGCGUCCAAGCCAAGCCGCAGUGCUGUUUGGAUUUUUAAAUUUCUCCUUCUGAGUGAGAAAAUAGCAAUCGAGAUGGAACCAUCCGCACAACAGCUCCAGCUGGCAGCAUCGCUUCCCGCCAAUUUAUCCAACUUCUGCCAAGGCUCUGAAAUGCCAACAACGUCGAGGCCUGCACUUGAUGUCAAGGGUGGCACCUCACCUGCGAAGGAGGAUGCCAACCAAGAGAUGAGCUCCGUGGCCUACUCCAACCUUGCGGUGAAAGAUCGCAAAGCAGUGGCCAUUCUGCACUACCCUGGGGUAGCCUCAAAUGGAACCAAGGCCAGUGGGGCUCCCACUAGUUCCUCGGGAUCUCCAAUAGGCUCUCCUACCACCACCCCUCCCACUAAACCCCCAUCCUUCAACCUGCACCCCGCCCCUCACUUGCUGGCUAGUAUGCAGCUGCAGAAACUUAAUAGCCAGUAUCAGGGGAUGGCUGCUGCCACUCCGGGCCAACCCGGGGAGGCAGGGCCCCUGCAAAACUGGGACUUUGGGGCCCAGGUGGGAGGGGCAGAAUCACUCUCUCCUUCUGCUGGUGCCCAGAGCCCUGCUAUCAUCGAUUCGGACCCAGUGGAUGAGGAAGUGCUGAUGUCGCUGGUGGUGGAACUGGGGUUGGACCGAGCCAAUGAGCUUCCGGAGCUGUGGCUGGGGCAGAAUGAGUUUGACUUCACUGCGGACUUUCCAUCUAGCUGCUAAUGCCAAGUGUCCCUAAAGAUGGAGGAAUAAAGCCACCAAUUCUGUUGUAAAUAAAAAUAAAGUUACUUACAAAGAGAUGGGCCAA